AUGGAAGAAACCACAACACCCACCUUGGAAACAACCACAUCCCCGACCAUGGGAACAUCACCACCACCAACCAUCAAAACAACCACAUCCCCAAGCAUUGAAACAACCACAUCCCCAACCAGGGAAACAACCACAGUAUCAGCCAUUGAAACAACCACUGCCCCAAACAUCGAAACAACUACACCCGUAACCAUGGAAACAACCACAUCUCCCACCAUGGAAACAACCAUAUCCCCAAACGUGGAAACAACCACACCUCCACUCAUUGAAACAACCACUGCAUCAACCAUGGAAACAACCUCAUCACCCACCAUGGAAACAACCACAUCACCCACCAUGGAAACAACCACAUCCUCAACCAUUGAAAAAACCACAUCCCCAACCUUGGAAACAACCACAUCACCAACCACUGAAACAACCACAGCAUCAACAAUGGGAACAACCACUUCCCCAACAAUGGAAACAACCAAAUCACCCACCAUGGAAACAACCACAGAACCAACCAUGGAAACAAACACAUCCCCAUCCAUCGAAACAACAACAUCCCCAACAAUUGAAACAACCACAUCUGCAACCAUGGAAACAACCACAGCAACUACCAUGGAAACAACCACAGCAACUACCAUGGAAACGGCCACACCACCAACCCUGGAAACAACCACAUCCCCAACCACUGAAACAACCACAUCCCCAACCAUUGAAAAAACCACAUCCCCAACCAUGGAAACAACCACACCACCAACCCAUGCAAACAACCACAUCCCCGGCCAUGGAAACCACCACAUCCACAACAAUCGAAACAACCACAUCCCCGACCAUGAAAACAACUACAACCGCAACCAUGGAAACAACCAGAUCCCCAACCAUAGAAACAACCACAUAUACAACCAUGGAAACAACCAGAUCACCAACCAUCAAAACAACCACAUCACCAACCAUGGCAACAACCACAUCCCCAACCAUGGAGACCACCACACCACCAACCAUUGA